AGGUUGCGCUCGCUGGAGGCCGUCGUCUGCUGCUGUAAUUCGGCUACAGUGGGAAGGAAAAUAUUGUUUAAAAUCGACUUUUACCCGCUCGCGAAUAAUCCGUUUCGCUCGGAUUUUACGCUACUCCCUCCUUACAGAGAAAGCGCCUCGCUAAAAGGGCAGACCGGGACAGGGAGUCGAUUAGCGGCCCAUGCAGCCAUAACGAGCCCGUGAUACACCAUCAGAUCGCUGGAGAAGGUAACUCCUCGCCCCCCUUUUCCUCUCCUGUUUCCUAAGCUUCUCUGUCCCCUGCCCCUCAUAAUCAGCCCAGAGACCCUCUUCCUAAAGGCCAGUUAGGAACGUUGGGUCUGUUCCUCCCCAUUCUCCCAGCCUCCAUCUGUCUCUCUAACUCCACCUGCCCAGUAGGGGGCUGACCGCUUAUUGGACACCCCAAAAAAAACCAUGUCCUCCAUCUUGCCUUUCACUCCGCCCGUGGUGAAGCGUCUGCUGGGCUGGAAGAAGUCGGCCAGCGGUUCGAGCGGAGCGGGAGGGGGCGGAGAGCAGAACGGCCAGGAGGAGAAAUGGUGCGAGAAGGCCGUCAAAAGCCUGGUGAAGAAGCUGAAGAAGACGGGCCAGCUGGACGAGCUGGAGAAAGCCAUUACCACACAGAACUGCAACACCAAGUGUGUCACCAUUCCCAGAUCUCUGGACGGGCGUCUGCAAGUGUCUCACCGCAAAGGUCUGCCUCAUGUCAUCUACUGCCGCCUGUGGCGAUGGCCCGACCUGCACAGCCAUCACGAGCUGCGCGCCAUCGAGACCUGCGAGUACGCCUUCAACCUCAAGAAGGAUGAAGUCUGCGUCAACCCCUACCACUACCAGCGGGUGGAGACGCCAGUUCUUCCUCCUGUCCUCGUGCCAAGACACACGGAGAUCCUGACUGAGCUGCCGCCUCUGGACGACUACACCAACUCCAUACCUGAAAACACCAACUUCCCAACAGGGAUCGAGCCUCCUAACAAUUAUAUACCAGAAACUCCUCCACCGGGAUACAUCAGUGAGGAUGGGGAGGCCAGCGACCAGCAGAUGAAUCAAAGUAUGGACACAGGUUCUCCUGCGGAACUGUCACCAAGCACACUCUCGCCUGUCAAUCAUGGCAUGGACCUUCAGCCAGUGACUUACUCAGAGCCCGCGUUUUGGUGCUCCAUAGCUUACUAUGAACUAAACCAGCGGGUCGGAGAAACAUUCCACGCCUCUCAGCCUUCCCUCACUGUGGACGGCUUCACAGACCCCUCCAAUUCAGAGCGCUUUUGCCUGGGCCUGCUGUCUAACGUCAACCGCAACGCCACCGUGGAGAUGACCCGGAGACACAUAGGACGAGGGGUCAGGCUGUAUUAUAUUGGUGGGGAAGUGUUUGCCGAAUGUCUUAGCGAUAGCGCCAUCUUUGUUCAAAGCCCUAACUGUAAUCAGAGGUAUGGCUGGCACCCUGCAACAGUCUGUAAAAUCCCUCCAGGUAAGAGAUUCAUUCAUUUUUCAUUGUCACCUGUGCCAUCCGUCCACCAUCUAGAAAUUUACGUCAAGCGUUAUGACGUAAUGAUAUCCUCUUUCUCAGGCUGUAACCUGAAGAUCUUCAAUAACCAGGAGUUUGCGGCACUGCUGGCUCAGUCGGUGAACCAGGGCUUUGAGGCUGUAUAUCAGUUGACCAGGAUGUGCACUAUUCGCAUGAGUUUUGUCAAAGGCUGGGGAGCCGAGUACAGACGGCAGACAGUGACGAGCACCCCCUGCUGGAUCGAGCUUCACCUGAACGGCCCCCUGCAGUGGCUGGACAAGGUCCUGACCCAGAUGGGCUCGCCCUCCGUACGCUGUUCCAGUAUGUCCUAAUCGCCGUGACCAAGCUCUCAGUCCUCUGCUCCCCCUCCCCCCCCCCCCAAAACGACUGAUUCUACAAUCACAUGAACCGACAACUCGAAGAACAACAGACUUACUCGACCCCCGCCCCCCUCUUUCUCUUUCAUAGUACUCGUGAGCCUUUCUCUAUCCUCUCUGUCCUCCCGACACUGAUGUUCUCUCUCCGUUCGGACCUGAACGCAGCACUUGCUGUCUCAUCAGCUUCAUGCACCUUUAAUUCUCUCUUGUUUUCUUUCAUAAACCCUCAAUAUUAAAUGUAUUAGUAGUAGAACUUGAAAUGUAUAUUGGUUUCUAUUUUAUUUUGACGGUUUUCGCGAAGGAGGGAAGGUGCGUAUGUUGUGUGGAAGUUCAAGAAGGCAGUAAACAACUUCACACACUUGUAGCAGCAAGGCUUUUCCCCCCGAUGAAGUAAAUACGGAUGCCGAUCCCAAUCCGGUCGUUCAAGGAGUUACUUUUUCUGGCAAAAAGUCGCGUUCUUUGUUUUUAUACACGUUAUUAUUGUGUAGAUUGACACGUUGAGACUUAAUCAUGGUUUUUGAUUUCUUCAGUAAUGCCAAAAGAUACUUUCCUUUAUUUUUAUUACGAUUUCUUCCCCCGAACCACUAUAUGAGAAUGUUGCCUUUGAUUUGAGGUAUGCUGCUGUAUGCUUCUUUUCUUCAAACGUGUAGAAUGUUAAACGCAAAAAAAAGACCCCACGUUCAAUUCGAACCUUACGCCGCCCCUCGAAAUGAACUUUUUACUCGCUAGUUAGCCGUGGAGUGGUUUUGGAGUCUGGUUUCUUCAGAAAGCGGCUUCUUUUAGGGCCUUUCGAAGGUUGUUAAAACGUCUCGCGCAGUCCGGAUCUUUAAAAUAAAACGAAAAAAAAUCCUAAAAAACAAAUCCAAGUAUUUAAGCUUUAAGUGUUAAUAAACUAGGUUAUCCUUCACACGAUUACGAGAUUUCUUUUUCUUCCCUUUCUCUUUCUUUUAGCUACUUUUUGUAUUUUCAUGUAUUUUUAUAUAUAAAUAUAUUUAAGAUCUUUAAAGCUCUCUUCCUUUUUAUUAGAAUUGAAUAUUUUUUUAGAUCAUGCCCUCUUUUUAAAGGAACAUGGCUUCAUAAUGAGAUGUCCUAUCAUACGAAAACGUUAUUUAGCAUGAAAUUUUUAUAAGCGCAACUAUCUUUUCUCCUCUUCCUCCGCUUUCGAUAUUCAAGCUGUUGUCCCGGUUAACGUUUCGCCCUGAUCUCGAACCCCCUGAAGUACAUCGGACUUUAAUUUUUCUUUUAGUCGCUUUCCUCCCACGUUCACGACACGAUACCGUGUAAGCGGUUACCCGAAUCCCGCGGGUUCUGUUUGUUUGCAAUUGGGGAAUUAAAAAAAAAAAAAAAAGGUUGCUUUUACAGGGAGAACUGUGCAACUUUAGUGUGCGUGCUCGUUGUACAACUUUUACUAAUGACUGUGAUAUAGCUGUCUGUUAUUCUUUACUUGUUGUGGCAGUGACCAGGCGUUGCAAAUAUCCAUUCCCCUUCUUCCCACCUUUGUCUCCAUAUUUUCCUUCAUUGAUCUUAACUACUCUUGCGAUUGUACUUUAAGUGCAUCUAGUAAAAAGCUGACGAAGAUGUUGUGGCCCGUUUUUUUUAAAGCCGACGAGCGGCCGUUAAGACACUGGGAACAUUCUGUUUGCCAUUUUUGACUGGGUGUGGAAAGAAAACCAAAUAGAACUGAAAGUGGACCAGACAUAUAUGCAUAUAAAUGUGUAUAUAUAAUUUUAUUUUACUUUUUUCUGUUAUUUUUUUUUUUUUCUCCUAUUUUGCAAAGCAUUUAACAGUUGGUGAGCUUGUUUUACCAUUAGAGAGAUGUAUUGGUAGGACGUGAACUUCAGGCGAUAAGCUUUUCAGGCGUGUUGCAUAUGCAGACUUCAUAAAUACACUAAUAAAAAGUUUUAAUUCUCAUGUUAA